AUGGUGACAGGAGUGUCUGAGAGGCACCGCUGCCACACCAACUGCCUGAAGGCGGCGCUCUCCUGCACCUUGCGUUGGCUGGGAUGGGAGGUAGGCUCGCGCCUCUGGGUCUUUCUGCUGGAGCCCAUAGUGCUGACGGCUGCUCUUGGCACUGGCUUUAUUUACCUGCCCAGGGAUGAAGACGAAGACCUCGAGGAGCAGUACAUCCCGAUGGGAAGCCCGGCCAAGGCUGAACGACGCUUUGCGCAGACAUGUUUCACCACCAAUGACUCUAAUAGCUUCUCCAUCUCCAGAAGCACCGAGGUCAAUUUCACUUCGAAUCUAGUGGUCUCUAACACUGCCUCGCUGCUGGAACAAGAAAUCUUAUUAGAAGUAAACUGGACGAUGCGGUGCAUGCUCUCUGACACAGAAAAACGGAACCUAGAUCCACUAUUAUCAGCCUAUCUACCUUGCCAGCAUCCUUGGAGGAACCGUUUUAAGCAAGAAGAUGGGAACGAACCAGUUAUUCCUGGAAGCCAAAGCAUAGAGCUGCAAUGUUACCUGAAGACCAAGGAUGGAGAGGAUAACGAGCAUAGCAAGAUGUGGCUGAUCCAUUUCCUGAACCAAUUUAGCAAAAUUAAAAAGAGUCUGGCCUUGAAGAUGAUCCAGGUGGUCAACUUUGCAUCACCUUCCAGACAACUGGAAUUUGAGGCAACUUCUAUGACAGUAAUCCCUUUCUUUCAUUUAGCAUACCUUCUAAUUAUGUUAUUUGCAAUCACAUCAUGCUACAGAGUUCACAGAAUUGGUUCUGAAGAUUUCUGCUUGUUUGUCUACGUUUCUGUGGGAAAUGAAAGCUGGGAAAUUCUUACUUCAUGUUUUGCCACUGUCUGUGCAGCACUUAUCUUCUAA